AUGGAUCGAAUUGUUGCUUCUUGUGAAUUGCUUUUUCCUCAUAAGAAACAUUCAGAUACAAAUGAUAAAUGUUUGAGAUUAAUGCCUCCACCCCCUCCUCCACCACUAAUGCUUUCACCGCCUCUACCGCUUUCGCCAUUAUCUUCACCCUCUUCCUUAUCUUAUCCAGUUACUCACAAUUUGUCGACCUCUCCAUCUUCAGCCAAAUUUCGAAUUGAUACUGUUCAUUGUACAAAUAAUAAUGAUUUUCGUCCUGCAGAUUAUCAGUCACAGAUAGGCACGAAUUACUCUAGGGAUCCAAUUCGUUCAUCUGAAUUAGAGGCUUGGGUCCUGACAAGUGAUCAUUUUGUUAAAUAUUCAUGUGAUAAGAAAAGGAAUUCAACUGCAGAUAAACAGUCAUUUAUCCAUUGGUUAAAUCCACCUCCUCCUCCUCCAAACUUUGAUCCGUUCUGUGCAACACAAAGCAAAUUAUCAACUAGCCAUUCAUCAGACAUCAAACUUACAUUUUGUAAUACGAAGUCUCAGUUUGAUGAAUAUGAGGAGUGUCAGGGCUCGAGAAAUUGUUCACAACCAUCAGGCGAAGCAGCCGAUUUCGUUUUGAAUAAAAAGAUUAAAGUAGAAAGUGAAGAAGAUAUGCCGAUGGAACUUGCUGACGAAAUGCACACCACUAGAUCAAAGUUUCAGGGUAAAAUCUGUGCAGAUAUUAUAUUCGAUUCCAGACCUCAAAUGUCAGUUAGUCGAACUUUUCCUUUAAAAAAUUAUUUUGGUAAAAAAUAUCCGUUUGGAAAUAAUAAACGAACUUGCCAUUCUGCUAAUUCUGCUGCAGUUUCUUUUGCAAACAUUUCACCGCAGGCUCCUUUGAUAGUUCGUACCGCCACUAAACUUAUUCGUAAAAGCAAAUUUACUAGUAAUUUGCAAAGAAAUUCGAAUCCAACAGCGAAUGCGAAUGACGUAUUGAGGCAAAUUACAGAACAGAGAAAUGUUUUAGUGUCACUGAAGAAAAUUGUGAAUAAUGGGACUCUUUCUCGUAAUGGAAUGUGUUGGCGAAGGCGGCGAUCAAGUGAUCCCGUUAACUGUGAUAAGACGAUAUAUAUAUCUGAGAUGGCAUCUGAUGAGACAUAUAAGAAAAAAAAUCUCUAUUUGCGUCGGAUCAAUAGCAAGAUUUACACAGAUGAUUCUGAUGAAUGUUUCGAUUUCGCUGAAAGAGGUGAAUGUACUGCUGGAUCGUUAUGUAUUUAUCGCCAUCAUGGAAAAAUCGAUCAUCAAGAAAAAAAAUUCUGUUCAAGGUUUUUGAAUGGCUUGUGUCGAGAUUCACGUUGUCGGUACUCACAUGAUUUGGCAGAUCACCAAAUACCAAUCUGCGAUUAUUAUUUGAGGAUGGUAUGUUCUGAUGUCAAUUGCAAGUUUUUGCAUGUAAAGUAUGCAGCCGGCGUGAAACCUUGCCGGUUCUUCAAUCGUGGACUUUGUAAGAGAGGCAUAGAGUGCAUUUGCCCUCAUCGUUAUUAUUACUCAGUGAUUCAGAGCAAAAGUGUUCCAGUGGAUAAUAUAAGCGAGAAACGAUUUUUCAGGUAUGAAAGCGAACCAUCGCAUGAAGAAAAUGAAUGCAACACUGAACUUUUAACUUGGAUCGAAUAAUUUUCUCAAUCACCGUGGCUUCAGCAUUUCUUCAAGGUUUUGUUUUUUUCGUUAGCUGAUGAAUUGUGGCUAUCGCCUCUAUCAGGUGGGUGA